CCCUGGUUGUGCACAGCUCUGGCAGUAGCUGCAGGGCUGCUGACAAACGCUCCAAAUGUGAGCUCAAGGAUUACAGAUGUGUUCUGUGCAGGGAAUGUCUUGAGUGCCUGUCCCAAAAGCUCCUCCAAAAACUCCUCGGGAACGACAUGGAUCAGGCUGAACAGCUCUCUGCAGGCAGAAGGAAAAGCUCCCUGUCCCUGGACAAGAAGAGCAGUGGCUGGAGAGCCACGCUGGGGGUUUUGUGUCUGUUCCCUGUGCUGGCUUUGCUGGCAGCUCUGGAAUAUCCAGCUGGAGCUGCAGUUCAGGAAAUUCAGGCAGAUGUGCCAGGCCCAGCUGUGCUGCCCCCGGCGCGGAGCCGGCGCUACACCAUCACCCCCGGCCACCUCAAGUGGGACCACUUCAACCUCACCUACAAGAUCCUGUCCUUCCCCAGGAACCUGCUGAGCGCGCGGGACACGCGCCGGGGGCUGGCGGCCGCUUUCCGCAUGUGGAGCGAGGUGUCCCCGUUCAGCUUCAGGGAGGUGCCGCGGCACCUCCCCAGCGACCUCCAGAUCGGUUUCUACUCCAUCAACCACACAGACUGCCUGGAGUCUCUGACCCAUCACUGCUUCGAUGGGACCACGGGGGAGCUGGCCCACGCCUUCUUCCCCCCCCACGGGGAAAUCCACUUCGACGACCACGAGUACUGGAUCCUGGGCAACACCAGGUUCAGCUGGAAGAAAGGGGUCUGGCUGACAGACCUGGUGCACGUGGCUGCCCACGAGAUCGGACACGCACUGGGCCUGAUGCACUCGCUGAACCCCGGCGCCCUCAUGCACAUCAACGCCACCCUGACGGGCAGGAAGAGCAUUUCCCAGGACGAGGUGUGGGGGAUCCACAGGCUCUAUGGCUGUAAGGACAGGCUGGUGAUGUGCCCAUCCUGGGCAAGGAAGGGUUUCUGUGAGAAGCGCAGGAAGCUGAUGAAGAAGCACUGCCCCUCCACCUGCGACUUCUGCUACGAAUUCCCAUUUCCAACGGUGCCCCCCACCCUGCCCCCACCAAGGACCAAAACCAAGACAGUUUCUGAGGGCAGGAACGUCACCUUCCGCUGUGGGCAGAAGAUCAUCCACAAAAAAGGCAAAGUCUACUGGUAUAAAGAUAAGGAACUUCUGGAAUAUUCCUAUCCAGGUUAUUUAUCCCUAAAUGAAGAUCACAUGAGCAUCAUUGCAAAUGCAAUUAAUGAAGGAACUUACACUUGCAUAGUGAAGAAAAAAGAAAGAAUCCUGACUACUUAUUCCUGGAGAAUCAGACUGAAGCACUGACACAGCCCUGGGAGGAGCCCCUCAGUUCCUGCUCCUUCUGGCUCCAGUUUUCCUUUGGCAUUUUAGAUUUAAUCUCCACUAGUGCAACUGAAUUCUGCAGCAGCAAAAAAGACUCUGGAACUGGUUACUGGGAUGUUAAACUUCCAGAUUCCUUUCAAUGAUAAAGAAUUUAUCAACUAUUUCCUGUACAGAGAAUUAAAAACCUUUUUUUUUUGUAAGAAAAGUGUCAGAUGGAGCUGUGUGGGGCACUGUGAACUGCUGCAAAGCAGGAGCAGACCCUGGGACACUGGGAUGGCAGGAAAAGGACAAGUUUAACACUCAUUUUACACAUCCUGGUGCACUGCAAUAGAAGAAACUACAAGGCUAAGACUUAAUAUUAUUUUCACUUUUCACAUAAACCCUGUUUUGCUCCUCACUUGUCUGUUCCAACAUGUUCAGUUCAAGGAUCCACAGAACACUCUUCCCUCCCAAGUGGUUUGAGAGUUUUCUUCUUAUCCCAAGAGGCAUUUAUUGCUCAGAGUUUGCUUCCUGAGGGGUCUGAGCUCCUG